GCCGCGGGAGGAAUUAUACAGACUCGAAACAAGGGGCAUAUUCCGAUGAGUCUAAUUCAGGAGAGUAAUAUGGGAGUUGAUGAUGACAUUGAUGACUAUCUAGUAGACCAUCCGGAGAGUGAUGGAAACCAUGAUGAUGAGGAUGAGGACGAGGAUGAUUCCGAGGAUGACGAUGAUGACAUCGCUGAUGAUCCGGCCGACCAAGCUGAUGAAGACCGCGCUGACAAUCCAACGGCUAGUGCAGGUACAGCCACAAGUGAAAAAGGAAAAGGCUACAAUCUUAGAGAAGAUCCGCCACGUCGGAGUGCUAGUCGGUAUACCCCCUCCCCAUUUAACAAGCUUGCCAAGAAGUGCAAAAAGUUAUGCACAGGUUUAAAGUGGGCAGCGAGAAAAUGAUGUGUUUCAUGUUGUUAAUUAAGGUUUAUGGGUUGGUUGUAUUACUUAGGGUGUUGUUACUAUUUAAUGUUGACUGUGUAUAAAAUUAGGGACAUUGUAUUACUUAGUU